AUGUCUUGCGCGACUUACGACCGCCUCCACACCUCCUCCCAGAUGGGCAAAACCGUCUUUCGAAUCUGGGCACAAGCCGGAGAAUCUCCCCUCAUUUCCCACAGUGACCCUUCUCGAGGCGGCUUCUUCUCCCCAAACUCGUUCGCAAACAACCUCACCAAGGUGGAAUUCGACGUAAAAUGUCGAGACUUGGAUCUCGCUCCCGAUCCGGAAAACGACACCUGGACAUCGGACAGCAUUCUCGACCACGUACGCGGUCCGGGCGACUGGCUGUUUCACGAUCGCAAGAAGACACGAAGCCGAGCCCCACACGAGAGGGACGAUACGCCCUCUGACACGGCCCCCGCGACACCAAAGACCAACCGACCUUACGAGUCACCCUGGAUCGUCACACAUGGCGAUCUCGAUUACACAAUCCACCGCGUUGUCCGGCUUCUCGCCAGGGACUAUAAUGCACGGAUCCACAUGUCAGUCAUCGAGCCCAGGGUGAUCAACGGACACCAUUUCGAACGGUCAACCAAGUCAACCGACCACCUACCGAUACUCAAAGCUCGGGCCCCCUGGGGCGGCGCGGAGCGGAAGCUUCUCAACGAAGCGCAGCUCUUCGCCCACUCGAGCGGGGAGGUUCUGUUUUAUGGGAGGAUCUUCGGGCACAGCGUCAAGGAGGACUUUAUCUGGACGACCCAGACAUUCCCAUUUGACCUGCCCGAUUGGUUCUGGCGAAACUCGACUCUUGACGGACCCUGGAUCGAUCGCCUCAACUGGAUACCUUAUCUCACAUCCUACAGGCAAGCGAAAAGACGAAUGGACGAGAAGAGACAGAAGGAGGAGGAGAGUAGGGAAGAACCCAUCAUUAGCUGGCGCAAAGCCGUAGUGAUCAGGUAG